UCUAGUACUUGUGAUCUAAAACCCUAAUCACGAACCAGAAGAAAGGGGGGAAAUGGUUUAGGGUUUCCUGCAGAAUGCAAUCCCAACAGCACAUGUUAGUGUUCCCAAAUUGGUGAUGUCACUCGACUCCAUUUUCUCACACCCUUUUCCAUGUUAAAAUUUCUAAGCAGGAGCGUUUCUCCAAAACUGGUUUACCACCCAUGGCCAUGGCUUUCUCCGAAAUUCCUCUGCACCCAUUCAAAACAAAACUCUUUUACAGCCUCAUACCUCAUCGAGACUUGUGGAUUUUCCCCGCACCGCGCCGAAUCGCUUUCCAAACACAUGAAUUUCGAAACGCACGAAAAACCUGACACCGUGAUCGAGUUCUUCAAAACCCUAGGUUUCUCGCAAACCAAGGCCCUAAGAAUCGUUCGAAGCGUCCCAGAUAUCCUUCGAACCAAUCCCAACAAACAUUUGUAUCAAAGGAUCGAAUUUUUGAAGUCCAAAGGGUUUUCUGACUCCGACAUACGCAACAUCAUAAGUAACUUCCCUAUUAUCCUCUGCAGAAGCUUGAAGAGAGAGAUAAUUCCCUGUUUUGGUUACUUCAGCAACAUGUUUCAGUCUCAGCACAAGUUCAUGAAAACCGUUGUUCGCUAUUCGGGUAUUCUUUGUGACUUUGCAAAGGUUUCAGGGUUAAAUCUCCAAACUUUGAGGGAAGAAGGGGUUCCUGAAUCACUUGUUAUAAGAUUUGUGGAGUACUAUCCACGCACAUUGAAAUCAUCCCCUAAGAAGUUUAAGGAGUCAGUUUUAGAAGUUAAGGAAUUGGGGUUUAACCCUUUGAGGAUGCAAUUUAUUGUUGCUGCUCAUUUGAAGGUGGGUCUGAGUAGGUCCACAUGGGCAAGGAAGGAAUGUGUUUAUAGAAAAUGGGGUUGGAGUAAUGAUGAUAUUUUAGCUGCUUUCAGAGUGCAUCCUUUCUGUAUGGCCACUUCAGAAAGUAAGAUUGAGGAUAUUAUGGAUUUUCUGGUGAACAAGUUGGGUUUUAAGGCUUCUGAUGCUGCAAGGUAUCCCGUGGUGUUGUCUAUGAGCUUGGGAAAAAGGAUCACUCCAAGGGGUUCUGUUUUUCUGUUUUUGAAGUCAAAGGGUCUGAUGAAGAUGAAGGAGAUGAGCCUGCGUGCAAUUUUUCAGUUUAAUGAAAAGCUGUUCUUGGAUAAGUUUAUCUAUUGUCAUGACAAGGAAGCUGAUGAACUAUUGAAGUUGUAUAAGGCUAAAUUGACUCUUGCAAGGUAACCAAGGAUGGAAUAUUGGUUUAAUAUAAUGAAUGGCAUUGAAUAAUAAUUAAAAUGCCUCCUCCCUGAUCUACAUGUCUUUUGGUGCAUUGCAUUAUUCAUCACGUUUUUCUUCUGUAAGCUCAAAUGUAGCCAACGAAUGGAUCUAAAUUCUUUCCAAUUUACGCUAUAACAAUAUUGAACAGUUUUGUUUUUGUUCAAGGAAAUUGAAAUUCUCUCAAUCGAAUCCUACAAAAAUAAUGCAUAAAGCUUGCCUAAG